CGGGGCUGCAGAAACCUGGAGGAGGGGGAAGCAGUCCUGCAGCAGCAGAGCCUGCCCUGCACAACAACAACAGCUAUCCUCCUGUGCAGCAGCCUGGACUGACCGUAAGCGGCAGCACCUGCAGGAGGUGAGCACCUUCAAUCAUAUCUUCUACCCUGGAGAAUUGAAGUACAAAACCUAACAUGUCCAAAUAUAAACUUGUAAUGCUGAGGCAUGGUGAGGGUGCCUGGAACAUUGAGAACCGAUUUUGCAGUUGGGUUGACCAAAAGUUGAGCGAGGAUGGACUUCGAGAAGCUGAGAUGUGCGGAAAGCAUUUAAAAUUUCUGGGAUUUGAGUUUGACCUGGUCUACACGUCAAUCCUGAGCCGCUCCAUCCAAACAGCUUGGCUUGUAAUGCAAGAACUUGGCCAAGAAUGGGUCCCUGUUCGGAGUUCGUGGCGGCUCAAUGAGAGACAUUAUGGGGCGCUCAUUGGUCUCAACCGAGCUGAACUGGCACUGAAUCAUGGAGAAGAGCAGGUUAAGAUCUGGAGGAGGAGUUAUGAUGUCCCCCUUCCGCCUAUAGAUGAGAGCCAUCCUUAUUAUCAGGAGAUUCAUACAGAUCGAAGGUAUAUGUUUUGUGACAUACAAAAAGACAAAUUGCCAAAAUCUGAGAGUUUGAAGCAAGUUCUGGAAAGGCUCCUUCCCUACUGGAAUGAGGAGAUUGGACCUGAAAUCAAAAAAGGGAAAACUGUUCUUAUAUCUGCACAUGGAAACAGCACAAGAGCUUUAUUAAAACAUUUGGAAGGGAUCUCGGAUGAUGACAUAAUAAAUAUUUCACUUCCCACUGGUGUUCCGGUGCUGCUUGAACUGGAUGAGAACCUGCGGGCUAUCAAGCCUCAUGAAUUUUUAGGUGACCAACAAGCUAUUCAGGCUGCCAUAAAGAAAGUGGAAGAUCAAGGCAAAGUUAAACCUGCUGAUAAUUAACAUUUUCUCCUGAUAUCUCUACUCCUUGUGAGGUAAAGGUGUAGUCCAGAAUUCUAACAACUGCUCCACCUCUGUCCACAGGUCGUGUGGGGUAUUGCAGCUCAGCUCCAUUUAUUUCAGUGGAAGUGAACUGCAGUAUCGGAGACAACCCAUAGACAAGCGUGGUACUGUUUUUGGAAGAAGGCAGCCAUGUUUUUCUAAACCUGUACAAUAACCAGUGGUGCUUCACAGUAAAUAGCUCCUGAUUUGUAGCAAGCAAUGUAAAUAGAUGUCCUCUUGUUGGCACACAAAUGUUAAAUCCAUUUUUUUACAUAUAUAUUGGCAAAUUAUAAUGUGUAGUGGGAAUUCCCAUAAAAAUGUUUUAAAAACAGGCACUUGAAUGCCAGCUUGAUUUUUGCACCUUAUAAUGUACCUAUAGUUUCAGAUAACUUUCCAGAAUAAGCUGCCAUGUGUAUAUACAUAAGCGAUAGCACUAUAUUUGACCAUUAUAUGACCUGUAUCUGGCACUUAACUCUCCUUUGCAGGAUUCAUGUAUAAUUCUCAGUUAACGGUUAUGUACACUUUCGGGGCAUUUCUUUUACUCAUUUUGGACUAAAAAUCAUUUUUUCAAUAGUUUUUAUUUUAUUUUUUAUGUUCAGCCGUUUCUGAGAUACAAGGGUUAAAAAUCAGUUUGUUUGCAAGCUGUAAUGUUCUGUUUUUAUUUGAAUCCUGCUAUCUGGAGGCUCAUUAUUAUUCUCCUGACCUCAUAAACACUUACUUAAACCAUAUUCUUAUCAGUUUGAUAAGGGCUAUAAUGAGUGAUUAUGAGAUCGGUGAUAAGAGCCACACGAGCUGUCAGCUGACGGAAUAAAAAAAAAUACAGAAAGUGACAGCAUGAAAACAGACUGAUAUUUUUAACCCUCUUUCUCUGAAAUGGGUGAACUUUUUUUUUAUUAAAGACCUUUUGAAAAAUUAUUUUUAGCCCAAAAUGAGUAAAAUGCAAUCGCAGAAAAAUUUGCCCCGAAGGUGUCCAUAUCCUUUAACUCUGAGCUGGUGAGUGAAGACUAGCUGCUCAUCAUGUCUGCCCGUAGAACACACAUUGAGACGGCCCAUUACGCUCCCUAAAGCCUCGUUCACAUGUCAGUGACCGUGCUCCAAUCCAUGGGCAGGUGGUCAGUGAUGCAUCCAUGAAGCUAUCCGUGAAGGAUCUGUGUUGGGUCCAUGUGUCCGUUUUCUGCUGUCUGUGUUGAAUCCAUGUUUCACUGACACUGAACAGAUUAAAAAUAAUUUUCAAAGAACCUCUUCUUAAUGAUACUUGAAACACGGAUGCAACACGGAUGGCAUCUGUGGUUUUCACGGACCCAUAGACUAUAA